AUGGAGACUCCGAUGUCAACAAUUCGUGAUACUCUUAUUAAUUUACGACCUUUAGAAAUUCCUCGUCCUCAGAGUGUCAGAAAACAAGGCGCUAAAUAUGGUGUUGAAAUUAAAACGACUGCACCGCGGAGAACUCCCCUUUCUCAAGCUUAUUGGUAUGAUUGUGUAAAAGAAGCCAAUAGUGAAGUACCAUCUAAAAUCAGCGUCGGUUACCUUUCGGCGACUUCAUCAAGAACUUCUCAUACAAAAGCAGUACAUUGGGAUCAGCUACGCGGAUCUGAUUUUUUGAUCCUCACUUCAAUUUGCAGGUUCCCUGAAUAUAAUCCUGAAGCCUCGACUUCUAAUAUUAAACGUGAGGAUUGUGCUGCUGAAUAUUCCAUGGAAUAUUCAAUGUCUUCUGAAGGUAUAUCGAUUACAGAUCGCCAGAAUGUAUGUAACGUUUUCGCUGUGAUUACGGAAACUUUGAAAAAGCAUGGAUCAGUAUUGUUGCCUGUUUGUCCAACCGGUGUAAUAUAUGAUCUCUUAGAAGUUAUCUCUGCUCAACUGGAUCAACAUGACAUAUCAGUUGAUGUUCCAGUUUAUUUAAUCUCGCCCGUUGCAAAUAAUUCUCUUGCUUAUUCUAAUAUAUGCGCUGAAUGGCUUUCAGAAAAAAAACAAGCUAUGGUCUAUGUACCAGAAGAACCAUUUAGCCACAUCCAGACAACAAAAAAUGGUCGAUUGCAUGUAUAUAAUUCCAUUUCUGGUGAUUUCUGCCGACAAAUGCGUACUCCUUGUGUUCUUUUCACUGGUCAUCCAUCAUUGCGAAUUGGUGAUGCUGUGCAUUUUCUUGAGAUGUGGGGAAAUGAUUCACGUAAUGCAAUUAUAAUAACAGAUCCAGAUUAUCCUUUAAAUGAAGUAUAUGGUCCUUUCGAAAAUUUACCUAUUCGUGCUUAUUUUUACCCUAUUGAAACCCGUCUGGAUUAUUCGCAAUUGAAUCCGUCGAUUAUUCCCGAUCUUGCUCCUAAAUUAUUAAUUUUAGCAGAAGAAUACUCGCAAAAUUCACAUCGUUCAGAUUUCGUCAUUAUGCAUCAACCGCAUUCGUCAUUUAGUUAUGGAAGGUUAUUAACGAUAUCUUCUAGCUCUAAUCCAAAGAAAGUUCACUUACAUCCUGAAAUGCUUCGUACAAUAGAAUUACAUGGUUUCGGACAAACAAAUGACUUUGGUAUUUCAUCAGUUAGAGGAUAUCUAUCAGUCUACGAUAAUCUUUUAAAGCUAUUUGUAAUGUUUUUCACUGUUUUUUUAUUUCAAGUGGAAAUGUUCAGUGGUAAAGCAUUCAUCAAAUUAAAUGAUUUGCAUGCGGAAAUUCGAAUUGAAAAUAAUGGCGAACGAACAAAAAUAACGUGUUCAUCGAAAGAAAUUCGUCAGAGCAUAGCCGAUUUGAUUUCGGAAUGUUUGAAAAAAAUUUAA